UACUCCACUCUUCUUCUCAUAACAUAAAAACUCAGUUUUAAAAUCUCUUCUUCUAAAGCACUAGCUUAAACUCUGGAAAGCGCUUAUUUUCUCAAAUCAAUUACACACAGAAGAAAAUAAACUUUCCAUACUUGUAACAAUGGCUCGCUCUUUCGCUAACGUUAAGGUUGUCUCUACUAUCCUCCUCGACGGUUUUUCCAACACUCUUACAAGACGAGGUUACUCUGCCGCAACAGAAAGUGCAACGAGGGGAGUGGUUGGGGCAAUUGGCAACAAGAUGGGAGGCACAAAGUUAGGAGAAGAGAAAGGAGCUUCUACUUAUAAGGUUUCAUGGGUUCCAGAUCCUGUCACUGGUUACUACAAACCUGAGAACAUUAAGGAUGUCGAUGUUGCUGAUUUAAGAGCUAAGCUGCUUCGCAAAGAACUCAACAAAUAAUUUUUCAAGUUUUUUAUUCAUUCAGAGUUGGAUCUAAUGAGCUUUACGGAUAGAUUUUAGAUGGCUUAUUAUAGCCUUAAUUAAGUGAUUCUGUUAAUUGCGAAGAUCUUGCUCUGUUAAUUUUUUUGUGUCAAUUUAUAGUAAUAUAUUUGCAGUUAA